UUCAGAGGAGGAGAAUGGAGGAGAGCAAGAAAAUAUAGAGCCUGAGGCCUGGAACAGCACUCCAGGGGACAAGAGGGAGCAUGCCCACCAGCAAGAAGCCCCAGAUGGUGGGUGGGGCUGGGUGGUGCUGGUGGCCUGUCCUUGUCCUGGCCCUGACCCUGGCCUUCCCCUCCUGCCUUGGGAUCUUCUACACUGACCUGCAGACGGACUUCCAGGCGAGCAAUAGCGAGACGUCCUGGGUUCCCUCCAUCAUGACUGCGGCACUGAACGCAGGAGGCCCUUUGUGCAGCAUCUUGGUGGAGCGGUACGGUUGCCGGGCUACAGUGAUGUUGGGCGGGGUCCUGAGUGGGCUGACGAUGGCAGCCAGCUCCUUCACUAACUCCAUCGUGGAGCUUUACAUCACUGGGAUCAUCACAGGACUUGGUUUCUGCCUCAGCUUCCAGCCCUCCAUAAGCAUCCUUGGCCACUACUUUGUUCGACGGCGCGCGUUCGUCAAUGGCGUGGCCGCCAUGGGAACGUCCCUUGGGCUGUCUGUCCUGCCGAUCCUCGCCAACUUCCUACACAGUCAGCUGGGCUGGAGGGGGAGUUUCCUGGUGCUGGGGGGGUUGCUGCUCAACUGCUGUGUAUGCGGGGCAGUGAUGAGACCCGUGGGGUCCAAGUACUGGAGAUCACAGAACCCCCACGCAAACAGUGAUCAGCCCCCGCAACUCAAGCAGGACGGGCUGAAGGGGCGCGUGAGGGCCUCCCUGGCCAACCUCAUGGCCCCCCUGCGCAAACACAUAGCGUUUGACCUGUUUUACAGCAACCCCCGCUAUCGGAUUUACACCAUCGGGGUCGCCUGGACGAUGCUGGGGUAUUUGGUGCCCCUGAUCUUCCUGGUGCCCUACGCCACCUCCCACGGCAUGGAGCAGAGCCGAGCCGCCCUGCUGCUCGCCAUCGUGGGGAUCAUAAACAUCUUCGUGCGCCCUGCCGUCGGCCUGCUCUUCAACAUGCCCUGGUUCCAAGGCCGCCACAUCUACGUGUUUUCGGCGGCCCUGCUGGUCAACGGGCUGAGCGACUCCAUCUGCGGCCUGGCGGCCAGCUUCCCAGUGCUCCUGGGCUACGCGGUGGCCUACGGGCUCUCCAUGAGCAUUGUGGGUUCGCUCGUCUUCACUGUGUUGAUGGACGUCGUGGAGAUGAGCCGCUUCCCCGCCGCCCUUGGCCUGCUCACCGUCAUGGAGAGCGUCACCCUACUGGUGGGGCCCCCCCUCGCAGGGAUCCUGAUAGACAGUACUGGGGACUACACUUAUGUCUUCUAUGCCAGCAGCGCUAUUGUGGCCUCGUCCGCCCUCUUCCUCAUGGUGUCCUUUUACUGGCUAGACAGAAGGGAAAGGAAGGGGAAGCAGCUCUCCCAGCCUCACACUAUCCCACCACAGCCUAGUGUCACCCUUGGCCCUCACUGCAAGUACAGCAGUGUACAGGAGUCAUGAAAUUCAGUGUAAUUCAGCCAUUCUUGUAGGGGUGUCCCCAACUAAGAAUUUACAUAGUCCAAUCUGAUUGGUCAAGUCUUGCCUAUCGUCGACUGAUCGUCAAAUCAUGUUUGUUUGUUUUUUUUGCUCAUUGAUCCAUAUUCUCAUUUGCCAUUUUUUCACAUUCCCAUUUUUUCCACACCAGACGAAAGAGCUGAAACACCCAUUUAAACAAUUUGUCUUCUUGAAUCAUACAAAAAUAGCCAGUCUUUCACUGUGCCUGUGUCCGCUUGAUUCUUUUCAAAUUGUGUGUGAGGAAAACCAACUUGUUCACGUUGCCCGGGAGAACUACGCUCCUUGCUUUGCUGACCAUAAAACCUGCCUUUGAGAACAUCCUCUCUGAUGGUGUGGCGGUGGAUGGGAUGCUGUGGAUUGACUUGUUCAAAAUGCUCCCACACUUUUGAAGUUUUUUUCCCAGACAUUGUGAGCUAUUAGGUAGCUAAAAAGAUUUAAAGCCCAGCCAAGAUGCUGCUCCGGUGGUCACGCAAAAUUGGAUAGUGCAACUUAGUCUACCAGGUGAUUUAUUCAUGCGUGCUAAGGAGAUUGAUUAAAAGCACAUGAGUUAUUCUCAAAUUUUUAUUAACAGUAUUAUUAAUAGGCUGAUAUUUAUACCAAAAUAGGCAAUAUAUCAUGAUUUAUUGGGAGAAACCAAACAAUUCUAUGUAAAAUCAGACAUUUAGCACCCCCAUAUAGCCAGCACGAAAUGAUCUUUGUUUCAUAACCACAUUUUGCAAUGAUUCGGCUGUGAGAUUGGCAGUCGAAUCAGGCUCCUUGGAUCGAAUUGUCGAAUAGUCGACUAUUCAGGGUCACCCCUACAUUCUUGUCAUGGUGUACUGUAUAACAUCAUUAGGUUCAAACUCAGCACAGUAAGAAUGUCAGUAAUCUAUUUUUUGUUUAAAUCAACUGUAAACAUACACUUUUCAAAGACCUAUUUUCAGAGGUGCUGAGAUACUGUAAAAAAAAACACAUUAUAAACAUUUCUGGCCAAGACUUUUGAGCUCUGAACCUUGCAAACAUAGGUGUUGGCUACGCAUAGGUGAUUAAAGCAUUCAGAAAUUUCAUGUGGUUUGACUACUAAAGUGUUAGAACUUUGGAGUGACACUAUUUUUUUCAAAGCCUACACAAUGAAUAUUGAUGAGGUAGGUGAGGUACACCUGUCAAAGCCCAUCAGUCUGGAAUGUCAUUGUGGCCCUCUCUGCCCCCCCCCCC